GUGGAAAUGUUGGAAAGAUGACAUCGCCCAACAAGACCGUUUCCUUCACCACAUCGUGCUGUAACACAGAUUCCUGCAUGCCGCCUGCACCGAUUUUCCCUGAAAAUGAGAUGAUUGACAACCAUUCCUCCAUGAAACCGAAUCUGUGCCCUACAUGUUUAGCCACUGAUACUAAUUUGUGUGUAGAGAAAUAUGCCAUGCCAUGCAAAGAAAAUUAUACGCAAUGUGCACGCUUUUCACAAACAGUAGGUAACGUGUCUACGAUCAUUCAGGGAUGUGCCACGGAAAUAUUUUGUCAAAAUAGUAAGCUUCUAAGAUUUAUUGAAGGUACAGUGACCUGCACCACAGCAACCACAAACAGCACUUUGCCAGCUCAUUAUUUUCUAUAUUGCUCAGGAAAUACUGUGGUGAACUCUCAGACAGUGUAUUCAAAGCCUGGAGGCAAAUUGUGCUCUCAAUAUGAGGAUGCCUGUGUUUCAGAAAGCAGUUGGAUAAAAAAUGAUAACGAAGAAACUAUAGAGACCGUUUUACGAUGUGGAAGGUCCAGUGAGUGCAGCCGAUAUGGCGUCAUCAGUAAUCCAAAUAAGAGAAUCCAUUUCAAUACAAGCUGCUGUUACAGUGAUAAAUGCAUUGUCGUUACACCAACAUAUAACGGGUACCGCCAUGGGCACCAGGUUCGCCCCCAGUUAUGCCAACACCUAUAUGCGGAGAUGGGAAGAACUCUUCGUAUGGUCUGGGCAUGA